AUGUCGACGACGAAACCGCUUACUCCCGCGCAGACACACGCCCUCUUUGACAUACUGAUCCACCACCAAGUCUACGCCGAAAUCGAAGCCUUCAAGUACCCCUCGACCAUCGACCACUAUGGCUACCCCUUCCGCAAGGCCGACGGCGUGCAGUCGACGAGCCCGCUGCUCCAGAACAUGCUCAACAAGUUCGCCCUCUGCAAUCCCGCCAUACGCAACUUUGGCGAGAGCUGGUGGUCCGACAAGAUCCAGACGCUGGUUGCAAGGAUGGCCGAGGCCGAACUGAGCGAGAGUUACGACAAGGGCGCCAUUGGGAGCCGCAAAGCGCUGGCGACGGCGGCGAGUAGCAUUGCCGAGUAUGUCGCCAGAGGCAUGCUGGGCGGGUAUCCAGCGGCCAAGAAGAAGGAGAGUAAGAAGGAAUACGACACGAGCAAGCCCGAAGACGUCAUACAAGGCUUCGAGGAGCUGGUCAAGGACGCCAUAUACGGAAAUGCUCUCGACGACCUGUACGAAAAGGUCAAGGCGACGCCGCGGCUCGAGGACCAUUCCAGCAGUCUGCAGGCAGCCCACGAGUAUAUGCUGUUGAACGCCGCAUCCUUCCUCCACCACGUCUUCGUCAUGUCGCCCGACGGCCAAUACCUCGUCCGCCUCGUCGAGAACCUGCACCGCCUCAUCCCAUACACCGUCAUCAGACAGACAUUGCGCGUAGGCAACGCAGCCACCAUGAUCAACGGCAUGGUCAGACUCGUCCUGGCCAAGCUCUCCGUCACAGCCAUGACCAACUGGAUCGGCCUGACCAACAACACCAACGACGGCAUGAACCUCUUGCAGCAAAUCAUAUCCACCAUCCUGGCAUGGGACACAACCGAGUUCCAGAAGCGAGCAACCAAGCUCGAAUCCUCACGCAACGCCCCCGACAAGAAGGUCUUCAAGGCAAUCAAGACGUACGUCUACGCCUCGCGCGACAAGCACGAAGCAGUCCGCAGCCAGUCCGUCUCUGAGCAAAAAUCCAUCGCAGCCGUCAUCCUCGAAACCUCGGACCCGCCUUACAAGGUCGACGCCGACACGCUCAACGAACACCAACACAGCGUCGCCAUGGAGUACCUCAGCACCUACCUCUCCAUCCGCGACCGCGAAGAACUCACAAAAGUCCUGUGCAAAUCCAAUCCAGACGUCCUCACCUCGACCAUCCGAGACGCCGUCGCAGCCAUGGACCCCGUUAUCCGCGACAUCCACAACGCCGUCGACCUCAGCGGUACCGUCACCGACGCCGAAGCCUUCAUCACCGAUCUCAUCAAGACGGCCAAGCCGAAAAAGAAGGGUACCAAGAGCCGCGAGACGAGUAAGUCGAGACCCAGUUCUCCGUCGGCCGACCCGGCGAGUAUCUUGGAUGAAGGAGCGAGCGAUGCACCCACUGUCGAGGACUUUGUUACAUUACUAAAGAAACAUGCACCCUCGAUGCACAAAUUCUUGCACCACGUCACCAAGAAUGCUCCCCAACUCGCGCAGGAUUAUCUCGUUUACGCUAAGCGCAUAUUUUCUGAAUUCCGCGUUGAUGACGCCGCUGCGAAGCAAGAGGAGAAGGGUGAGGGCGGCGCAGGAAAUAUGACGGCGCCGCUACACUCGUUGUUUGAGACGCUGGGGAAGGAGAAACAAGAAGAGUUGAAGGGCUUGUUGGAUCAGCAUGAGAGCCAUCUCCAGACGCUGAAAUCUACUAGUCAGACGAGGUUGGAAAGUAUCAUGCGGCCUUCGUCGUCGUCUUCCCAGAGUAAACCAAGCGGAGGAGGGACGACACAUGGCCCCGGUAUGUAUCUCUCGAGAUGGAACGCCCUGCUAGAUUCUACGCUCAUCUCCCCUGCGACGAUUCAUGGACCUGUGCGUAAAGGGUGGGAGGUUAAGGGGGAGUUGGAUGGUAAAGGGCUUAAAACUAAUUCUACACUGUUGGACAAUAAGGAUAGGAAAAGGGAUAGA